AUGGGGGAAAAUACCCCGCCAUGGGGAAAGUCCCCAAUCCCAUCAAGCUCCAAUCAAAGACAAAUCCCUGAAUGGAUGGAUCCGAACGGAGCACACGGACCGAUUAAGUUCCUGCUGCUCAAACCCGCCCCAAACAGCAAACUGCCGACUUACCCAUUCAUAAUUUCAAAAACCGUCGAGCUCGCCGCCGGGCAAAUCGUAGGAGGACACCCGUGCGACCAAGGACAAGCUUAUCUGCUCAAAGUACGAUCCCAAAAGCAAAUUGACAAACUGUUAUCCGUCAAACAGUUGAUUGAUUCAACUCCCGUCACCGUAGAGCUCCACCCAACACUCAACAGCUGCAAAUGCGUGGUAACUUGCCGGGAAGUUGCUGGCGCUACUGACGAGGCAUUAACCAAAGACCUUGCCAAUCAAGGGGUAACCAACGUGUACCGAUUUACCAGAAAGAUUGACGGAAAAAUUCAACCCACCAACACCUUUGUCCUAACCAUCCAAGGAACCCUAGUUCCCACCCACAUCCGAUUCGGCUUCAUUCAAGCUCAAACCCGUCCGUACUACUCUCGACCAAUGACUUGCUUGCAGUGUGGCAUACUUGGACACACCAAAAAGCACUGCAAGAAUGAUGUCACCUGCCUUAACUGCGGAGAAAAGCAAAGCCACAAAGACUGCCAAAAAACACCCCACUGCGUAAAUUGCCAAGGCUCCCACCCCAGCAACAGCCGAUCUUGCCCUGCCUUCCAGGCCGAGCAGGAGAUAAUUAAAAUCAGGACCGACAAGGGCAUUUCACACAACGAAGCUGUUAAAGAAUAUCGUCUCCGCCAAAACCAAACAACAUCAGUCCAACAGCGACUCAACCAAGCCAGCCUAAAUUCCGCAAUCAACGACAAGAACAAGGAAAUAUCAGAACUCAAACAAUUGGUAGCCUUUCUCACCACCCAAAUUGAGAAACUCACAAGCCAAGUGAAAAACCAAAAUCAACCGGAUCCAGGAUCACACGAGGAAUCUGACAGCGACACCGACAUGACCAGUAACAGCUCCACAGUUAGCACAAUCUCCACACCCAAGCGCUUUUGGAAGACAUCCUCCGAAGACUCCCCCACCGGAGGUGACCCCAUAAAAAGCCAAACUAAGGAACGACCCAAGAAAAAACGAUCGCGCGGUCAGAAAAAUCAAGCUCUCCCAUCCACUUCGCAAACCACCCAGCCAGGUAAAACUACAACACCAGACCCCUCCAAGCAGUUCGUCUGUGUCAGAGUCCACACACCGAUAGACAUAACCGUCGUAUCCCUCUACAUUCCUCCACAACUGCCCUACCAUCAGUUCACAAGUGAAAUAGAGCAUCUCUUAUCCGAGCUUCCACCCCCUUUCAUCAUCAUGGGUGACCUAAACGCCCACUCCACUUGCUGGGGCAGUUCCCACACCACCAAUAAAGGCUCCUUUUUGGAAGACCUAGCCUUAAGCCGAAACUUGACUAUUUUAAACAACUUGCAACCAACCAGAAUAGACCCUGCCUCCGGCAAUAUGUCCGCUAUCGACAUCACACUGGUCUCAUGGGAGCUCGGACCAAAGUUUGGUUGGCAAAUUUUUGACGAUACCUUCGGUAGUGACCAUUUCCCUAUCUUGAUUAAGCUCGAACACCCUACACCUAAAUCCGCGACCAGACCUCGCUGGAAGUACGACGAGGCAGACUGGAUAGGAUACCAAAUUGAAGUCGAUAAAUCCCUAGCCCUUGAAACAUCGUUAUGCAUCCCCUCCUUCACAAAAAUACUUUUGGAAGCAGGAACUAAAAACAUCCCGAGGACCAGCGGCGUCCCCGGCAAGACUGCAGUCCCUUGGUGGGGUCCAGAAGUCCGUUCCGCCAUUAAAAAAAGGCGAAAAGCACUACGAUACCUGAAAAGAAUUCCAAAUGAUGAUCCUAGAAAACAACAGGCACUCUCAGAAUUCAAGACAGCCCGUUCACUAGCCAGAGCCGUAGUUCGCACCGCCAAAGCCAACAGCUGGCAGAAAUUCACAGAAGAGGUUCAUCCAAACACCCCAACCAAUGUUCUCUGGAACAAAAUAAAAAUACUCAACGGCGAACACCGAAGCAAUCCCUUCCAUCUUCUCCUGAACCAGAAAUACAUAAACGACCCUGUCGUAUCCGACCCUUCCACCCUAGCCAACUCCUUCUGCUCCCACUUUGCAUCCAUAUCAUCUCCCUCAAACACCACUAUGCUACCUUUGCCAACAAACCCAUCCCUGAACGAAAGGAUCUAUAACACCAACUUCUCUUUCGACGAACUUGAGGCAGCUUUGAGGAAAGUCAAGGGCCUCUCAGCCGGCCCCGACGAUAUUGGUUACCCCUUUUUAAAAAACCUAUCACUCACCGGCAAAACAACGCUUCUCCAUAUCUUCAAUAAAAUCUGGAUAAAUGGCACUUUCCCCAACUGCUGGAAACUGGGUCUAGUCAUCCCUAUAGUAAAGCCUAAACAAGAUCCUCACCUCCUGGAUAGCUACAGACCCAUUACUUUGCUGGCCUGCACUGGCAAGAUAAUGGAACGAAUGGUAAACCGACGACUCCACGCCAUUCUCGAAGGACAGUCUCUGCUAGAUCAUCGCCAAUAUGCCUUUCGUAGUGGUCGAUCCACCGACGACUAUUUUCAAGAAUUAGAAAUGCUUCUUGAUUCACCCUCCCAAAGGAACUACCAUACAGAGUGUGCCUCGCUCGACCUGUCUAAAGCAUUCGACCGUGUCGACAGAGUCGCUAUCAUAAAUCAACUGAACGAAUGGGGAAUAGUAGGAAGGAUAAUGCACUACAUAACCGACUUUCUAUCAGACCGCAGCAUCCAAGUCUUCGUAAACGGCACACGCUCCGAAAAAAUAACAGUCCACGGAGGGGUCCCUCAAGGAUCAGUGAUAGCCCCCACCCUAUUCCUCAUCGCAAUCAACUCCAUCUUCCAAAAAAUCCCGCCAAACAUACAAGCACUGGUCUACGCAGACGACAUUCUGCUCAUAUCAACAUCAGCCUUUCCCAAGACUACCAGGAAAAGACUCCAAGAAGCCUUGACCGAAAUAGCAAACUGGGCACCCACUGUGGGCUUCCAGUUCUCACCCAGUAAAUCCUGCCUCCUACAUAUCGGUCCAAAUCGAAGAAAACUCAAGAAAUUGCCCGACCUCACCAUCAACAACCAAAUAAUACCACUGACCCGCUCCACCCGCCUACUUGGUAUUUGGAUGGAUGACCGACUAAACUUCAAUCUUCAUCUGAACCAGAUUCGAAAGAAUGCCAAAGCCAAGUUAUCCAUCCUUCAAAUCCUAGCCAACAAAACCAGCCAGGCCCACAGAGACUCCCUCUUUCGCUUCCUCCACGGUUGGUUUCUUCCUUCAAUCCUACACGGGCUGGGCCUACUCAGCCGAGCUAGUUCAGAAAUCAUCAACAAAUUGGAACCUCUGUACAAUAGCUGCAUACGAAUCAUUGGCUCCGCUUUCUGCACCAGCCCAAUCAGUUCACUGAUGGCUGAGAGCGGCCAAACCCCAUUCCAAUACACAAUCGCUAAACUUCUAUCAUCAAAAGCCGUGCGUUGGCUCUCAAAUGGGGGCUCCAGCGAAUACCAAAUGGUUGCUAGAACGAACACCCUCCUCUCCAACCUGACGGGCAACGAAAUCCCACCGAUCUGCCCCAGACCAGAACCUCGUAUUAGUUUCUGGAACGAUAAAACUCCCACAGUAAAUUUAAGCCUGAUGCGAGUUAUUAAAAAAAAUGAUCCCCCAACAAUCAUUCAAGCCCACUUUAGACAGCUGGUGGAACAUAAAUUUGGCCACCUCCCUCACGCAUACACAGAUGGUUCCAAAACCAACAACGGCCGAGUCGGGAGCGGCGUAUACAAUGGUAACAACAAUCUAAGCCUACCUAUCCCAUCGCAAUGUUCGGUCUUCAGCUCCGAGGCGUUCGCAAUACUAAAAGCAGCUGAAACAUACGAUCCAAAAACUGUCAUCUUCAGCGAUUCGGCCAGUGUGCUCUCCGCCUUGUCACACGGCAACAUUAAACACCCUUGGCUACCAACCAUCACCAAAAUAGCUCUCCAAAAGCAAAUCACCCUUUGCUGGGUACCGGGGCAUGCCGGAAUCCCCGGUAACGAAGCCGCCGAUCGACUUGCAGCUGCAGCCACGCUUUCGGAUCCCCCGCCGAUAGCCAUUCCUCAACAAGAUGCCCUCAACUUCAUAAGAAGAUCUCUACAAGAAUCCUGGGACAUCGAAUGGAACUCCAAUCUCCAUGCAAAGUUGCGUGAAAUAAAAAACUCCACGGUCAAAUGGACAGACAGACCGACCCAAAAUGAAAGAAGGGCUCUUACCCGCCUCCGUAUCGGCCACACUCGCCUCACACACGAACAUCUUUUAACUAAAAGCCACCCUCCAAUCUGCCCAUGCUGCGACACAGAAAUCACCAUCAAACACAUCUUGGUUACAUGUCCUCAAUACCAUCUUAUCAGACAGACCUGCCGUCUUGCAACAAGCCUAAGGGAAAUUUUAAGUAACUGCCCGGAAGAAGAGACCAAGGUUCUGGCUUUCCUUCGGAAAGCCAAACUUUUGCAUAAAAUCUGA